AGAAAGAGAGAGAGAGAGAGAGGGAGGCCGGGCAGGCGGCGGGCGGCGCGGCUCUCAACCUGAUUGACCGACUGACCCUCGGGGCUGACGGGCUGACCGGCGGACGGCGGCGGCGGGAGUCGGAAGCCGCACCGGGCGACGCUGAGAACCGGCGGGUCAGGUCCCGCGGCCGCCGCUCGGUCGGGGGCGCUGAAUGAAGCGCCGGCCCCGCUGAGCCCCGAGCCCGGCGCCUUCCCCGCAAGAUGGACGGUUUCGCCGGCAGCCUCGAUGAUAGUAUUUCUGCUGCAAGUACCUCUGACGUUCAAGAUCGCCUCUCAGCUCUUGAGUCACGAGUUCAACAACAAGAAGAUGAAAUCACUGUGCUAAAGGCAGCAUUGGCUAAUGUUUUGAGGCGUCUUGCAAUCUCUGAAGAUCAUGUAGCCUCAGUGAAAAAGUCCAUGCCAAGAAAAGGCCAGCCAAGCCUUCGAGAAGCUAUUUCUAUGUCCUGUAUAACCAAUGGAAGUGGUAUAAACAGAAAACAGAAUCAUACCAGCUCUAUAUCAAUAGCAAGAAAAGAAACUCUUUCUUCAGCUGCUAAAAGUGGUACAGAAAAAAAGAAAGAAAAGCCACAAGGACAGAGAGAACAAAAAGAGGACUCUCAUUCUAAUGAUCAGAGCCCACAAAUCCGAGCUCCACCUUCUCCCCAGGCCUCGUCACAGCCUCUCCAAAUAAACAGACAAACUCCAGAGAGCAAGAGCUCUGCUCCCACCAAAAGCAUAAAACGUCCACCAACAGCUGAAAAGUCACAUAACUCAUGGGAAAAUUCAGAUGAUAGUCGUAAUAAAUUAAUGAAAACGGUUUCAACAUCAAAACUAAUAUCAAAGGUUAUAAAAAAUACAGACAAACAUAAAGAUGUCAUCGUCAAUCAAGCAAAAAUGUCAACCCGGGAAAAAAACAGCCAAGAAGGAGAAUAUAUUAAAAUGUUUAUGCGAGGUCGACCAAUUACAAUGUUCAUUCCUUCGGAUGUUGACAACUAUGAUGACAUCAGAACAGAACUGCCUCCGGAGAAGCUCAAACUGGAGUGGGCAUAUGGUUAUCGAGGAAAGGACUGUCGAGCAAAUGUAUACCUGCUUCCCACAGGGGAGAUAGUUUAUUUCAUCGCCUCAGUGGUAGUCCUGUUUAAUUAUGAGGAGAGGACUCAGCGACACUACCUGGGUCAUACAGACUGUGUGAAAUACCUUGCUAUACAUCCUGACAAGAUUAGAAUCGCAACUGGACAGAUAGCCGGAGUGGACAAAGAUGGAAGGCCUCUGCAACCCCAUGUUAGGGUGUGGGAUUCAGUAAGUCUUACCACACUGCAUGUUAUUGGACUUGGAACUUUUGAGCGUGGAGUAGGAUGCCUGGAUUUUUCAAAAGCAGAUUCAGGUAUUCAUUUAUGCGUUAUUGAUGACUCCAAUGAACAUAUGCUUACUGUAUGGGACUGGCAGAAAAAAUCAAAAAUAGCUGAAAUCAAGACGACAAACGAAGUUGUUUUAGCUGUAGAAUUCCACCCAACAGAUGCAAAUACAAUAAUAACAUGUGGUAAAUCUCAUAUUUUUUUCUGGACCUGGAGUGGCAACUCACUAACAAGAAAACAAGGAAUUUUUGGGAAAUAUGAAAAACCAAAAUUUGUUCAGUGUUUGGCAUUCUUGGGGAAUGGAGAUGUUCUCACUGGAGACUCAGGCGGAGUCAUGCUUAUCUGGAGCAAAACUAUGGUAGAGCCUCCACCUGGGAAAGGACCUAAAGGUGUAUAUCAGAUCAACAGACAAAUCAAAGCUCACGAUGGCAGUGUGUUUACACUUUGUCAGAUGAGAAAUGGGAUGCUAUUAACUGGAGGCGGAAAAGACAGAAAAAUAAUUUUGUGGGAUCAUGAUCUGAACCUUGAAAGAGAAAUAGAGGUUCCUGAUCAGUAUGGCACCAUUAGAGCAGUUGCAGAGGGAAAGGCAGAGCAGUUCUUAGUAGGCACAUCACGAAACUUUAUUUUACGGGGAACAUUUAAUGAUGGCUUCCAAAUAGAAGUACAGGGUCAUACAGAUGAACUCUGGGGCCUUGCAACGCAUCCCUUCAAAGAUUUGCUCUUGACGUGUGCUCAGGACAGGCAGGUGUGCAUGUGGAACUCAGCGGAGCACAGGCUGGAAUGGACCAGGCUUGUGGACGAACCAGGGCACUGUGCAGACUUUCAUCCGAGCGGUACAGUGGUAGCCAUUGGAACACACUCGGGCAGGUGGUUUGUUCUGGAUGCAGAAACGAGAGAUCUGGUGUCAAUCCACACGGAUGGCAAUGAGCAGCUGUCUGUGAUGCGCUACUCAGUAGAUGGUAUUCUUCUGGCUGUGGGAUCCCAUGACAACUUUAUUUACCUCUACACAGUCUUAGAAAACGGCAGAAAAUACAGCAGAUAUGGAAAGUGCACUGGACAUUCUAGCUACAUCACACACCUUGACUGGUCCCCAGACAAUAAGCAUAUAAUGUCUAACUCGGGUGACUACGAGAUAUUGUACUGGGACAUUGUAAAUGGCUGCAAACUAAUCAGGAACCGAUCAGAUUGCAAGGACAUCGAUUGGACAACAUACACCUGUGUGCUAGGCUUCCAAGUCUUUGGGGUCUGGCCGGAAGGAUCCGAUGGAACAGACAUCAACGCACUGGUUCGAUCCCACAAUAGAAGAGUUAUUGCGGUGGCUGAUGAUUUCUGUAAAGUUCAUCUCUUUCAGUAUCCCUGCUCCAAAGCCAAGGCUCCCAGUCACAAGUACAGUGCCCACAGCAGCCAUGUGACCAACGUCAGUUUUACUCAUAAUGACAGUCACCUAAUUUCAACUGGUGGGAAGGAUAUGAGCAUCAUUCAGUGGAAGCUUGUGGAAAAGUUACCUUUGCCUCAAAACGAGGUCAUAACAGACACCAGUGCAACCAAACCCCCUGCCUCUUCCUUGGAAACUGCCAGGCCGUCUAACCCUCCUCCCCAACCAUUCACUGGGACUGAAGAGGAAAGUAGAAUGGACAGCUCCCCCACGCUUGUGGAGAACAGCCUGGAGCCGAUGGCAGAGCCCAGCGAGGAACAGAGCGAGUGGGGGAGUGAAGACCUCGGUGUGGUGAUCGAUGAAGAGCCUGCUAGUGAGUUAGAUGAGAAGCAGGGAGCAACUGAGCUGCCUGAGGAGGAGCGAAGCACAACACCCCUGUGCUGAAACCCAGGCUGCAGGGCUCCUCUGCCGCACGUGACCCCGUGAUGUGAUGGGGCCAGGUAGCAGGGCGGGCAGUGGUGGGGUCGCUGUGGAUGGAGGUUUGUUUCCCAUGAGAUCGGACACUCUCUGGCAGUCCGAUAUGCCAUCAGUGAGCUAGAGCAAUCCAGGAGACUGUUUGGUAGAUGUUGACAACUUAACCAAACUUGAACAGCAGGAGGAGACUGGCAGGUGAGUGUGUCCGAAACACCCACGUGUGUGAGGUGCAGUUACUGGAAACAAAACUGCAGCUGCACCCAUUGGAAGAAACCUGUUCUCUGAAUGCGAUUUCCUCUCAACAGCUGGAGGCCUCUCAGGCAUCAUCGCUUGCUUGGCUGCUGGCUCAAGCUGCCAAUUUUUUUCCUGAUGCAAAAAAUGAAAGCAGGAAAAAGUACUCUUUGUGAUACUGUCCCACUCAGAUGUCUAACGGGAACUUCUUAAUUAAGGGGAAUUUAGUGUUGCCGAGUGCGAUGGUGUUGUCUUUCCGUGGGCUGUUGCAUUUUCUUACACUACCCGAGAUGUCCAGACGUGCUUGGUAGGAGGCUACUCUCUAGGUGCUGCCUUUCUAAGUUCUGACGAGGAACAGUCCUCAGUGGCUUGUGUACAGAUUGCUUUAUCCCAGAAGCAAGCCUUGGUUUGUUGAAGAGCUUUUAAUGUAUAGUAAACCAUGAUUCUGAGAGAAUCGAUUCUCCAAGGAGUCCUUCACUGGCCUACAUUCUCUAAUGUUGGGCAUUCAAGGGAAUAGAAGAAAACAAACCGCAUGCCUUUAACAGAUGAACUGUAAUGAUGACCUGCUAACUGUUGCUAGCCUUCAGCAUUAUCUGUUCCCUCACACAGUCGCUAAAUGGUCAAAUUGGUGCUUGAAAUUCAUUGGUCUAGUUGUAAUUUUUAUACAAAUGAUACCAAGAGAUGUCUCUUUUACAGAAGUGUAAUGGUCACAGUGCUGUGUAUAGACUGCACCCCUUGCAGAUGCGCGGUCUGUGGGCAUUUCCUUCUGUGAGCCUUGCAGCCCUUGUAUGGCUGGCUUUGGUCUGGGCAGUGCAUGUGUGUUAAUAUACAUGGGCAGGUUGGGCUUUUCUAAGUUUUGUCAGAUAACUAUUUUCCUAAGUAUGUAUUCCCUACUUCAGUGAUUGACAAGUGUGCAUUUCCUAUGUUUGUUUAUACUUUGAGUGCAGAACUAUUUUUUUUAACUUCCUACAUUGUUCCUACUUUUUUGUUGUUGGAUUAUGUAACUUUUCCUAAGUUCAGAAGUCUUAAGUGUGCAAGCGUUUAUGUGAUUGUGCCAUUCCAGAGUGCAUCAGAACUGUCAUUCCCUUCCAGUACUUCUCAGGAGUAACAUAUCAGGUAUGUCAUCAUUGCUUGGAACCGUGAACGAACGCUCCCGUGAACACCAAGGACACUCAACACUAUUCACACGCUGUGCAGAGGGUGUGUGGAGGGACAACAGAGAGCAGUGUAUCUGAGUAAGAUGCACACAUCGAAGUGCGUUCAGUGAAAGUCUGCGUCUAGGUAUAUAUGUCCGUGCAGCUCUCUCCUUUUGUUUACAGCUUUUUUUAAUUAAGUGGAAAAAUAAAAAAUAAAAAAAAAAACCUCACCUCAACAUAGCUCUCUUCCAAAGAGGAGAUUUCAAGCCACCUGACUUCUUCAGUUCAGUCUUUACCCAGUGUCAGAGCGCACAGCUUCAGGCACCUCUGCCCAACAGCUAGCAGUGGAGAUGAAAUCAAGGCCUUGCAAAGUGGAUACUAGGAGAUGAACAAGCAAUUGGAGGAGAAGAACAUGUGCUUCUUUCAGUGCCUGGAGGAUGCGGCUCUCCACACGCAGGGACUUUAUUUGGGGACAUCUGUCACCUUUGGGGUUGCCAUGUACAAUGAGAUUUAUAAUCAUGAUCCUCCUGGGUGGUAGUUCCAAAGACACUACUAAUGUGCAGAGGGCACUCCAGCCUCGAGUGCGCACUGCUAAUGUGCAGAGAGCGUUCCAGCCUCUGGUGCUGGCAACUACUGUUUCCUGUCAGUCAGAUCUGUGAUAAUGGUUGGAAGGAUGUGGGAUUAUGAAACUGUUUUUGUUUUGUUGUGGUUUUUUUGUUUUGUUUUUAGAAAACUUGUGAAUGAAAAUGAACCCAAGUGUUUCACGUGAAGAUGAGCCAUUUCUAUCAUGCAUUCCGAUGUCAUGGCAGAAAUUUUUGAAGAUAAAAAAAAUAAG